GCUGGAAGUAGGUCUCGCUUCAAAGCCCGAAUCGAUUGACAAGGCGGAGAUGAUUAGGGAGUGAGUCGUACCAUCUCGACUAGAAACCAGGUUUAUACCCCGUGAUCAUCCCUCGCGAUGAAAGCCAGCCGACGGUUAUUCGCCGACCGAAGGGGCAAGAGUGUCACGACGAUGAUUCCAUCCGACCACGUCACGAAGAAGUCGCUGGUAUUCUGGGGCUUUGUCAUUGUGGACAACGGUGUGGACGAGAGGACGCUCGAGAACUCCGCGACUGUCUUCAAGACCGCAUACACCGGCCACGGUGGCGUCAUUCAAAAGAAAGCGGAUCAGCAGCAUCUCAAGCAACACGAAGCCAGUGUACUUCGACUUCAGCUGCAGAUCGACUACUCGAGAUCUUCGUCUUGCCAGUUAUUAUUUUUCUUCAUUGAGGUCAUCAUGGUACUGCACCUCGUGACAGGCGGAGGGUCCUGCUGCGAACGGUCUUCUGAGAAACAGCGUCUGAGCCCCCGGUUAGUCUUCUUCUUCCCGAGGAGCCACUUCAAGAUCUAGUCGAGGACGUCGGGAUCGAUCCAAUGCCCGGGCAUACCUCCUACCUCGAGGUUUUUGAGCGCCGCACUUGCAGAUAUAUAUACUGGCUAUAUAAGUCGGGUGUGCGCAGGACAUCAAAAAUCUUCGGCCAGACUGAACCUUCGAUGGUGCUCAACCCAUGAUGAGCCGUAUGCAGCCUGAGCCACGGUGGCUAUUUGAGUCGGGCUUGAUUCAAAGCUCCCUCAGCGGGCGGCCGAGACCACGGAACCCUUCAAGACCCGCCCUAGCUACAACACCAGCGGUCAGUCUAUCAAAGUUGGCGUGAACCAAGUUCCGCGUGAAGAGCGUCGCCGGCAACGACGUUUACCAGUACGAUGUAA